AAUCAUCGUAACGUCGUGUUGGACACGUCGCAUUUCCGACAGCGUCUCAGUCGCCUUCUUACCAUGGAGCUGCCCAAGGUGUCCAAGGUGUCGCCCGCUAUGGCCACAGAUCGCGGCGCUGCGCUGCGCAUGUUGCUAGUACAGGGAGUAUUCUUGUUCACUGGCGUCUUCUCCACGUGCUUGGCGCAGUUCGUAUUCUACCAAGGCGCAGGCGACCAGAAAGCCAUGCUAUUGCCACUGUGCAACUAUUUAGGAAUGAUGCUCGUGGGGCUACUACCCGCUGUAGGCGCUACUGCGGCUCAAAAGACUAUAGAGAAAGGAAAAGAGACGCAAGAGAAGAAGCUGGAGAUGCCAGAAAGUCCCAAGAAGCUGCAGAUGCAGGUCAGCACGUCCCCAGAGGACGACGUGGAGCAGCCGGAGCUCACGCCCACACAGACCGACACACUGACGCCCACGAAGCGACGCUCUAUGGAUCUGGAGAUUGUGGACAUGGAGCUCACACGACGUGCCACCGUAGCCGAAGAGGGUAACGAGAAGGAAGAGAGCGAAGACGUUAGCAGUGACGACGAGGCGAAGCCAGCGCUGGGCUUCCGCGUGACGCCAUCCUCUGUCUCCUUCUCAUUAUCCACCGUACAGCUCUGCAUCAUCGUGUCGGUGGUACUAGACUUCGCUGGCUGUAUCUUCUCCAACGUGGGGCUCUCUAUGGCUGGCAGCGGACUGUACCAGGUCGUGUACUCAAGUGUCAUCUGCUGGUCGGCGCUCAUGUCCCGCUUCAUCCUCAAGAAGGUCGUGUCUAAGGAAGAAUGGUUCGGAAUUGCACUAGUGACCUUCGGACUGGCGUUUAGCGCACUGGGAGAGUCAGGAAGCGGACGUGACAACGCCAUUGUGCUCAUGGGCUGCUUCAAUACGCUGAUUGGAGCGGCAUUCUACGGCGGUAACUACGUGACUGGAGAAUACACACUCAAGCUGGCGGAACGACCACAUCCGAAGGAGUUGUGUCUUAAGAUUGGCGCGGCUUGUGUCGCUAUCAUCGCCGUGUACCAGAGUAUUUUUGUGCUACCGGAAUGGGACGCACUGGUGACGCAGCCUAUCGCUGAGGCUAACGGCAACACAACGUACAUUGUGUCUGCGCUUGUGGCGUAUACGCUGUCCCAAUUGGCUCAUGGACUCACGUAUUUUGUGAUGCUGGGCUCUAGUGGCGCAGUCACUACUGGCAUCAUGCAGAGCUUGCGUGCUGUGUGCGUGUUCGUGAUCAGCUCGAUGCUGUAUUGCAGUCAACAGGAAUCUCAGUGCUUCGACACGAAACGCGGCGUCGCCACGCUCAUCGUCGUGAGCGGCGUCAUGUUCUACUCGUGGGCUAAAAGUCAACAAGGCAAGGCCAGUGUGUUAGCUCCAUCGUCUUUGCGACGACCAAAGAAGGACCCAAAGACGAAGAUGGUCGCAGGUAAAAACUACGUCGUCUAGCUGGAUAUGGCUGUAUCGUAUAUAUUCAAUAGUUCACACUUCAUGUUACACCUCUU